AUGGCUGGUCAAAAUUAUCCAUGGCUAGUAGGAGGAGAUUUUAAUACUAUAGUUGAUGAGAUAGAGAAGUUGGGAGGUUUGCCAGUAACACAAUCAGAAACACAUGAUUUCAUCCAAUGCAUUAACUCUUAUGCAUUGACGGAGUUGCGGUUCACGGGAAGUACAUAUACAUGGUGUAAUGGGAGAAUUGAGGAGGAUUACUUCAAAAAUAUUGUAGAAGAGAGUUGGAAGGUACAUGUCAGUGGAUCUCUUUUUACCAUCAUGCAUGUAAAAUUGAAAAGCCUGAAGGCAGUGUUAUCGCUUUUGAGCAAGGAGGCUUUUGGGAAUAUAUUUCAAAGAAUUGCAACACUGGAGGAUGUCAUUAAGGAUAAAGAGAUACAAUUCGAGAUGGCCCCAACAGACACAAAUAGAGAAGAGCUUAGUAGGAAAAAUGCAGAUCUAAAGAAACCAUUGAAAAUUGAAGAAGAUUUCUGGAAGCAGAAGGCUGGAAUGCGUUGGUUCAAGGAUGAGGAUAGAAAUACCAAGUUCUUCCAUGAAUAUAUGAAAGGGAGAAGAAGAAAGUUGAAUAUCAAAGAAAUCAAAACAAUGCAACGUGACAUUAUUUCGACCCCUCAAAAUAUAGGUGAUGAGGCAGUGAAUGUAUUCAGAGAAUAG